UGUGAAUGAAGUAUUUCCGUCAAAUCUAUGAAAAUAACCAGUUAUAUACAGGAAAAGGCUAUGGGAAUAGUUCCUGGCAACAGAGAGAUGUUCGGAUGUCAUCAAGUGGGUGUAAUCAUGUUUGUGCAGUCACGGUUUAAGGAAGACAUAUGAAAUGCAAAAAUAGGUAUACAAAGUACAUCCUACAGCUCUUCAUCUCUCAAAAAGAGAUGUAUAUAUUAUGCAUACAUAAUCACAACAAAACUAUUGUACAUCAUGCUCCACAAAUGAAUAACAAUGACAAUAUUCUUGCUACAUCCAUGGCGUUGAUAUAUGAAAGAUAAUCAGAUCACAUGGCAUCAUUCGGAGGUUUAGAUUUGAUUGCGAUAUUUCUGAUACCGUUGGUUAUCCACAUCAAUUUCGCAAUUGCAUUGGACUGUUACAGAGGUUCUCCUUGCUGCAUUCUUUGGAAUGAGGAUUUGAACAUAUGUUCAGAUUGUAAAAGUGGAUAUAUCGGAGAAAAUUGUGACUUACCUUGCCGUUAUCCUAGCUAUGGAGUAGAUUGCCAGUUGGAGUGUAACUGCAAUGAAUCGUAUUGCAAUCAUAAGCAUGGGUGUAGAGCGAUUCGAGAUCGUCCAGGGGAAGCACAAGCUGAAUCAAAACAAAAAAACAGCGUCCAGAGAAAAAGAGGGAAGUCACUGACGGAAAUUGGAUCAGUAUGUGUUGAGAACAACACUGCAUCCCCACCCCCACCCCACACCACACCCAGAUUUAGAACAGUGACUGUCCCCGUACAGUCCUUGUUUUCUUCAAUCAUUAUCACUGAAAUUUAGAAUAAGUUUGGGAAACACUCGGUUCCGACUAUUACAGCGCAUUUACGGUAGGUUUUGACUAUUACAGUGUAAUUACGGUGGGUUUUGAUUAUUACAGCGUAAUUACGGUGGGUUUUGAUUAUUACAGUGUAAUUACGGUGGGUUUUGAUUUUUACAGUGUAAUUACGGUGGUUUUGACUAUUAUAGUGUAAUUACGGUGGGUUUUGACUAGUAUAGUGUAAUUACGGUGGGUUUUGACUAUUACAGUAUAAUUACGGUGGGUUUUGAUUAUUACAGCGUAAUUACGGUGGGUUUUGACUACUAUAGUGUAAUUACGUUGGGUUUUGAUUAGUAUAGUGUAAUUACGGUGGGUUUUGAUUAUUACAGCGUAAUUACGGUGGGUUUUGAUUAUUACAGUGUAAUUACGGUGGGUUUUGACUAUUAUAGUGUAAUUACGGUGGGUUUUGACUAUUACAGCCUAAUUACGGUGGGUUUUCUAUACCCUACAAAUGCCAUGUCAUGGCAUAUUUCUAACCUUUAGGAAAUACCUGUGUACAUGUUAAUUUUGUUAAUUUUAAUAGUGUUGAUUUGAUUUGAACAUCGUUUAUUGUCAAAUUGCUAUAACAAAAGGAUUGGGCACAUGUUCUUCAAACUUAGCGCCCACCCACCCCCACCCCCACCCCCCACCCCUGGUGCUGAUGAAUUAAACCUGUUCUUCAUUUACUGCAAAGUGUCAAACUUUUUUAAAAGUACACGCUCAUUGUAUGUACAGUCACUAUGUACACGGGUACUCAUGUACCUCUUUUACUAGCUUAGUUAAAGGUUUCUGUAAUUACUGGGGGAAAUACUGUAGUGUGAAUUCAUGUUAUAUCCAUUUUCUUUAUUGAUGAUGGUACAAUGUUUUUAAAUGAUUCAUUUCUAGAAUGAUUUAGAAAAAAAAUACUUUGCAUUUUGUGUUUAACAAUGCUCGAAUAUUUUGAUAUCGUACUUUUUAAAAAAAAUGCUUUUUAUCACUUUGAUGCUUAAAAUUUAAUUGAAACCCUUGUUUCGCAUUGGCAUAAUUUGUUGUUUUACAUUUAUAUUACGUGUUGUGUAAAAGCAAGCUAGACGUCCCCAUAUAUGAGUGAAAUAUUCUCGAGAGGGACGUUAAGCAACAUUCAAUAAAUCAAUGAAAGGAAGCUAUUUAAAUAUUGUUUGCAUGUUCACUAUUUAGAUACAACUUUGUGACUUUUUUCUAUCAGUACUAUGAUUUCCAUUAUCAAACUGUUGUUCUUUUUUUUUUAACAUCAUGUAUUUGUGAGCAAUGAAAAUAUUUAAAUCUUUGAAUGUACACCAUUUCAAAAACCCAACCUUUGUAAUUUUCUUUUUCUUUCAUUAUUACAAUGAAUAUUAUUGAAAUCCUUGAUUUACAUUGGCAUGAAAAAAGUAAUCUCAAUCCCAUACAACUGUGAACAUAGUUUACAGGGAACCCCGGAAAUACUAUCGGAUGGGAUCAGGUGUCCAGGAGGAGUAAACAGCCUCUGUUGACCGAUCUUACUUGCUGUGAAUCGUAUAUAAGCUGUUUCAUUUAAAACAUGUGUUAAGUAAAAUAAAAAGUUUAGAAGCA